CACGUCUAAAUCCUGCGCUAGCUUAUCUCGCUUCAGCCAUCUCGUAUCGAUGACUUGAUUGAAGCGUCAGCCGUCCUCGCGACAACACCAUCUCACUCAAUUCAUACAGCCGAAGCUCUCCCCAGGCAGCGCGUGACGGGAUCCGAUCGAGAUGUUCACUUUCACUCCUUUGCUUGGUGCGCAGUCAUCCGCAUCAAAGGCUUCACAGUCGAUCUUGGAGCUCGAAGGAGGGAUAAAGAUCCUGGUGGAUGUCGGCUGGGAUGACACCUUUGAUCCUCUUGACCUGCAGGAACUGGAAAAACACGUUCCUACACUAUCGUUGAUCCUUUUGACCCACGCGACGCCCGCACACAUCGGUGCCUUUGCCCACUGCUGCAAGACUUUUCCUUUGUUCACCCAAAUUCCCGUAUAUGCAACAAGUCCUGUAAUCGCUCUCGGUCGCACACUUUUGCAAGAUCUAUAUGCGUCUUCGCCGCUAGCUGCAACCUUUCUACCAAAAGCUUCAAUCUCGGAAUCAGGGGCAUCCACCUCCGCCGCCUCGGCCGCAGCAUCCGUCGCACAAGGGGAUGAAAGCCCCAAGCCUACACAUGCAGGGCGCAUCCUGCUUCAACCUCCUACCAAUGAGGAGAUCGCACGCUAUUUCUCACUGAUUCAUCCCUUGAAGUACUCACAACCUCACCAACCGCUCUGUUCCCCUUUCUCCCCGCCCCUGGACGGCCUGACCUUGACUGCGUACAACGCUGGACACACGGUGGGUGGUACGAUAUGGCACAUUCAACAUGGGAUGGAAUCUAUUGUCUACGCGGUCGACUGGAACCAGGCCCGCGAGAGCGUUGUGGCAGGAGCGGCGUGGUUCGGCGGUUCGGGCGCCAGCGGGACUGAGGUUAUUGAGCAGCUGCGCAAGCCAACGGCGCUCGUUUGUAGUACCCGGGGAGGUGAGAAAUUUGCUCUCCCUGGAGGAAGGAAGAAGCGCGAUGAUCUGCUGCUGGACAUGAUUCGCAGCGCUAUCGCCAAGGGGGGCACUGUCUUGAUCCCGACGGAUACUAGUGCUCGUGUCCUUGAACUGGUCUAUGCGCUCGAGCACGCCUGGCGCGACGCCGCGAGCACUGCUCAGGGCGACGAUGUGCUGCGGACGGCGGGGUUGUACAUGGCGGGCAGAAAAGCCAACACGACUAUGCGACUUGCUAGAAGUAUGCUAGAAUGGAUGGACGAGAAUAUUGUGCGCGAGUUUGAGGCUGCGGAAGGUGUUGAUGCGACAACUGGCCAGACGCAGUCGAACAACGAUGGGCCGCGGUCAGGUGGGCAAGGUAAGGCCGAAGGCAAAGGAGUCGGUCCGUUCACAUUCAAGCACUUAAAGAUUGUGGAAAAGCGCAAGCGACUGGAGAAGAUCCUCAACGACGGCACACCCAAAGUCAUUCUGGCCUCUGAUGCAUCGCUGGACUGGGGCUUCGCAAAGGAGACGCUCCGUCUGGUAGCGGAGGGCGCCAACAACCUGCUCCUUCUAACCGAGCCUUUACACAAGGAGAAUGUCACUGGGGGCCAUAAGGAAAGUCGUCAUAGGAAAACUCUUGGCGGCAUGAUCUGGGAAUGGUACGAAGAAAGGAAGGAUGGGGUCGCUCUCGAGAAAGGCUCGGACGGCGAGAUGUUGGAACAGGUGCACAGCGGUGGAAGGGAGCUCUCAUGGUCCGAAGUGCGCCGUGCGCCUCUCGACUCUGGGGAGCAAAUGCUUUAUCAACAGUAUCUCGCUACAAAGCGGCAGUUGCAGGACACCUCUCAAACAAGAGGACAAGAAAACCUUGACACCGCCGCGGACGCCCUUGACGACCGAUCUAGUUCUACAUCCGAAGAUUCGGAGACUGAACAGCAAGGAAGAGUGCUGAACUUCUCUACUUCCUUGGCCCAUGCCAACCGCAACAAGCUUGGUCUCAGCGACGAGGAUCUCGGUGUCAACAUUCUACUGCGGCGCAAGAACGUCUACGACUACGAUGUCCGAGGCAAGAAGGGCCGCGAGCGAAUGUUCCCUUACGUGGCUCCCCGGAAGCGGGGCGAUGAGUACGGAGAGUUUAUCAGACCCGAGGAGUAUCUUCGCGCAGAGGAGCGUGAAGAGGCCGAUAUGCAGCAACGUCGGACUGACUCCCAAAUGAAACUGGGACAAAAGCGAAGAUGGGACGAAGGCGGACCCAACGGACGCCGGUUGUCCGGCAGUGGAGGCAAGCGCCAUCACGGACAAGGUGGGGGUUCUAAGAAGGAUCUCAGCACAGCCGAUGAGUUGAGCGUGAUGGAGGACGGCGAGGGCGCUGAUGCUGGCUCGUCCGAUGAUGAGCAGGAAGGUCAGGCGUUCGAAGGCCCGGCCAAGGCAGUCUACGAGAAGGCGAGCCUGACCAUCAACGCGCGCCUCGCUUUUGUGGACUUUACCGGUCUGCACGACAAGCGCAGCUUGGAAAUGCUCAUCCCACUUAUUCAGCCCCGCAAGCUGAUCCUGGUCGGAGGAAUGAAGCAGGAGACGACGGCCCUGGCCGAAGAAUGCCACAAGCUGCUUGCAGCUAAGGUGGGCGUGGACGUGCCCGCAUCUGCAGAUUCGGCAGUAAUUUUCACACCAGUCAACGGAGAGACGGUCGAUGCCAGCGUCGAUACGAACGCAUGGAUGGUCAAGCUGAGCAACAACCUGGUCCGACGAUUGAAGUGGCAGCAUGUGCGCAGCCUCGGUGUGGUCACGUUGACGGGCCAGCUUCGGGGGCCUGAGUCUGUCUCUCAGACGACAGCAGAACAGGAUCCGGAGGGCCCGCACAAGAAGCAAAAGGUGCUGCUGCCGGACGAGACGAACACAGCCACUGACUCUGAGGCCGAGUCGACGAACCCCCAGCCGCCACAGCCAGCACCGCCGCCGCCGCCGCCGCCGCCGACCCACAAAUCCGAUAUUUACCCCUUGCUUGAUGUCCUGCCGGCCAACAUGGCGGCGGGAACGCGAUCCAUGACCCGGCCUCUCCACGUGGGCGACCUCCGUUUGGCGGACUUGCGCAAGCUCAUGCAGGGAGCCGGUCACACGGCGGAGUUCAGGGGUGAGGGAACGCUGUUGAUUGAUGGGAUGGUGGCCGUGCGCAAGUCGGCGACGGGCCGGAUUGAGAUCGAGGCAUCGGCGCAGUCAGCAGCGAUGGUGCCCGGGCGGAAAGGUGCAGGGAGUUUCCUGGCUGUGAAGCAGAAGAUCUAUGAAGGCUUGGCCGUGGUCUCGGGGAGUUGAUUGACAUCUGGUCGAGAUGAGAAUUGUACCAUUUGAAUGUGUAUUUGGCGAGUGCGCAAGAUCUAAUUUCUGUCGGGCAAGUCCGAAUCCCUUGCUGCAUGCAAGUAGUGUAAGCAUAUGCACGGUCCAAUUACUGAAUCUAUAAGAUACUUCAAUG